CAUCAGCCUUUGAAAACCCCUAAGUGGAUUGACCCCCACUCUGUACUAUUUAGUGAAAUUGAUUAUGCUUGUUAUUUUGUUUGUUUUUAUCAGUUUGAGGCGUCCUGUCCCAAUGGACUAUGUCCAGGAUGGAGUGUUAUCCUGAAAGGAGAGACUCCAGCAGAGGCCAACAAGUUUGAGAUCAAUUUCCUAUGCGAACAAGAUGACAGAAUAGCCUUCCAUUUCAACCCCCGCUUCAAUGAGUCCGAUAUCAUCUGCAAUUCCUACCUGGCCAACCACUGGGGGGAGGAGGAGAGGUGCAGCAACCUCCCUUUCGGAGUAGAGGAGCCUUUCCAGAUUGAAAUUUACUCUGACAAUGAUAACUUCCAUGUUUACAUUGAUGAAGUGAUGGUGAUGCAGUAUAAACACCGUGUGGAAGAGCUGAACACCAUCACAAAAGUACAAGUGGUGAACGACGUCAAUAUCUCUUCUUUAGAGAUCACCAAAAAACACUUUUUCUGAGGGUGGGCCGUAAGGACAAGCAGGCGAUUCAUUUGGAACAGGCCGUUUCUUUGUUUAACAGUGUUAUCGUUUUAGCUUUUUUUGUUUUUUUGCAUUUCUGUUCACACACCUAUCAUGCCUCUUGAGGUCAUCUGCUUGUAAAGGUGUGAUUAUUGGUAUUGAAAUACCUUAGCUGAACUACAUAUUCAUAUGAAUCUGUGAAUAAAUGAAAGGAUUAAAAAAAGA